UGGAGCUCAGGCUGACAGCCUCGCACGCCGCGGCCUUCAAGCACAGCAGAGUUUCCAUCGUGACAGGUUUCCGCGUUGUGUGAUUUGUCUUGAAGUGGGAAGCGUCCGCUGGAGGUGGAAGAACAAACAGAGGCGCGGAUUCCGACGGAGCUAUGGAUGGUUGGCGGCGGAAGCCACACAGGCCAAUCUGACUACAUCAGUCGACUCAAUGUCAUCCUUGGCAAACCUGCUGUGCAUUCCAAUGCAUUAUCUCUGACUCGAUUGAUUAUGCACAGCCUCAUCCGCGGAGAGCAAUGGAGAGGUGAGCCGUCCUUAUUACUCGGAUUCCGUACGCGUUACGAAGCGCGCGCGCGAAAGACUAUAUCCUCUAUCUAUGGAGAAGACCAGUAGCCAGCGUGUUGCAUCGGGCAAUUAUCGACAAAUCCCUAGCCAUGGCUUCUACUCGCAAGUUAUCUUCGCCCAGCGACUAUGCCGAGCUUCUGUCGCGGUAUGAUACUUGGCUCUUCGACUGCGACGGGGUAGUAUGGUCUGGCGAUGAUGCUAUUGCAGGUGCCAGCCAGGCAAUCGACUUUUUGAGAGCGAGCGGAAAGAGGGUAAUAUUUGUUACGAACAAUGCCGCAAGAAGUCGCAAGCUGCUAAAGAAGAAAUUUGACAGGCUGAGAAUUGCCGCCAGCGAGGAUGAGAUCGUAUCCAGCGCUUUUGCCGCAGCCAUUUACCUUAAAGAAGUGCUACAGUUUCCUACUGAUCGCAAAGUCUUUGUCAUGGGCAUGGAGGGAAUCGAGGCCGAACUCGACGCAGUCAACAUCAAGCGAUGCGGCGGAACCCAGCCGGGAGACAACAAAUUCCUCCCUGCCAACGACUACUCUUCACUGGUCAGCGAGGAAGCAAUGGAUUCCAGUGUCGGCGCAGUGGUGUGUGGAUUCGACAUGAACCUAAACUAUGGUAAACUUUGUAAAGCGUUCAGAUACUUAACACGGGAUGGGGCUCAAGGACCUGUUCUUGCAGGGGAGACGGGAGGGGGCUGUCACUUCAUGCUCACGAACGACGACAAGGUGGUCCCAGCUCUUGGGGAGCUAUGGCCAGGCUCUGGCUCACUUGCUACGCCAUUGAUCGCCUCGACGAAGCGAGAUCCAAUCAUUAUCGGCAAACCGCAUGCUCCCAUGCUCGAUACUGUAAAGAAACUCUACAAUAUCGACGAGGAGCGGUCAAUAUUCGUUGGCGACAAUCUCCACACGGAUAUUCUGUUUGCCCGAGAUGGCAACAUCGAUUCGCUGCUUGUUCUCACUGGUGUCACAAAAGAGGAGGACUGCCAAGCGGAAGGCAUAUGGCCAUCAUUCAUUAUUGAGAGUAUCAGUAACAUGAUUGCGGCCGAAACGGGCCAAAAGCGCAUUGCAGCAAUGUGCUCAGUCAGUACAAUUCAUGCAUCACUAUAG